AUGGCCGAAACCACCUCGCUGCGCUGCCGGGUGGUGGAGGGGAAGGACCUGCCCGCCAAGGACGUAUCCGGCUCCAGCGAUCCCUACUGUGUGGUCAAGGUGGACAACGAGGUGUUGGCCAGGACAGCCACUGUGUGGAAGAGCCUGAACCCUUUUUGGGGGGCGGAAUUCACCCUGCGCCUGCCCCGUGGCUUCCACAGCCUCGCCAUCUAUAUGCUGGAUGAGGACACCAGUGGGUGGUGGGGGGGGAAACAGGGCCAUGGCAGGCAUCAGCUGGCUCAGCCUGUGAACCCUGACAAGGAGGUGCAGGGUGAGAUCCACCUGGAGCUGUGUGUCCCCAGGCAGGGCCACCCGCGGGUGCUGCGCUGCCACCUCAUCGAGGCCAG